AUGAGCGCCGCUGCCUCCCGGGGCACGCGCUCCGCGCUCAGUCUGGUGGCGCAGCUCAGCCUGACCGGCCGCUUUCGAGCAGCGCUGCUACACGUGUCCCGUCUAACGCAGCUUUUAAUGCGGUUUGCGAGGCGGGCCCCGUCCCCGAAACUAGAGAAUUCCACUAAACAUGUAAAAGCAGCGAAAGCCAGGACGAGGAAAUGCAGCAAGGCUGGUGAUUUUGUUGAUAUCGGAGACUGGCCAACACCAAGUGAAACAGCAAACAAUGAAUGCAAGUCUCUAAGUCACAGUAAGAAGCCAACAAAUAGAAAAGAAAAGGAGGAGAAAUUUGAUCAAAAAGGCAAUAAUGGAACCAAGGACAACCUGGAGGCUAACCCAAAUGGUCCAGGAGAUACCAUUAGUGAAGAUGAAGGUCAAACUAACAACCAAAGGAAAAAAGGUAACAAGCAAAAAUGGGUUCCACUUCACUUGGAUGAUGUAAGGUCAGAUAGUCAAGAAAGAUCAAGCUCUCGAAGUAGCUCAAGAUGUCAGCUGGAAACAAACAAGUUAAUACUUCAUAACAACAGACGGAAUGAGACAAGAAAUUGGCAUCGUGAUAGAGAAAAGAGAGAUGAUCACGAUGAAGUGUGCAGUGUGAGAAGUGAGGGUGGCAGUGUUCGAGAAUUCUCCAGAGGCAGAGGAAGAGGUAGAGGCAAAGGAAGAGGACGAAGCAGAGGAAACCCUAGAAGGAACUUUGACUAUUCAGUUGGUUAUCAAGAACUGUAUGGUGAAAUAACUGACCAAGCAUUUCAACCUGAGCUUAACUCUAGUAUGAUGUAUUACUACGAUGAUGGAACAGGAGUGCAGAUGUAUUCUGUGGAUGAAGUUCUUCUGAAAGAAUAUAUAAAACGUCAAAUUUGACGAAAAAAGGAAGAAAAAAGCCUGUAUAAGGGCAGAAAGUAUCUGGCAUGUGACUAUCAACUUCAAAACUUCUAUUGCAGUCUUUUUUG